AUGACUCGCGACGACUACUUGGGGAUAUCCAAGGCCGAAACCAACUGUGGUACACGAGCAUGCCCGACCUUCGAUCCAAAGGAUCAGCUGGUUUCAGUCAGUGGCGAACAUGCCUGGGUGAAACCCGGUGCGGGUGAUAUUCGCGGUCCAUGUCCUGGAUUGAACGCAGCAGCUAACCACGGCUAUCUGCCACGCAACGGCAUCGCAUCGCUCGAGCAGACAGUCUCUGGUCUUGGUGCUGCUUACAACCUUGGCCCAAGAGUCUCCGCCGCACUCGCUGCCUACGCCAUUGCAGUCGACGGCAACGUCGCCGAAGGCGUCUGGUCCAUUGGCGGCCCACUCCCGACCGACGAACUAACCGGCGCAAUCCUCGGGACCGGUCAAGGCCUGUCAUACUCGCACAACAACUACGAAGGCGACUCCUCCAUCGGCCGCGGCGACGCCUACAUCAACAACGGAGACGCCCACUCCCUGAACAUCACCAGAUUCGAACAAGUCUACAACAUCGCCGUCAAAGACGGCAGCAACCGCUACACCCUCGACAAAUUCCGCGCCAAAUUCGAAGAAGCGCAAAACGAGUCUAUAGCCAACAAUCCCUAUUACUUCACCGGAGCCUUCUCCACCGUCGUCGUCGUACCCGCCGCGUACAACUUCGUCAUCAACCUCAUGAGCAACCAUUCCGCCGAACAACCCGCCGGCUAUCUCGACGGCUACAACUUCAAAUCCUUCUUCGGAGUCACCGGCCAACCCGGAAGCUUCCAAUGGCUGAAAGGCCAAGAGCGAAUUCCAGAAGAUUGGUAUCGCCGCCCUUCCUACGCUCCCUACGAGGCACAAGAUGUGAUCGGCGACGUCGCCAUCGGCUACUUGGCUUACCCGAGGACUCUGAAGUUCGGCGGUAAUACGGGAAAAGUCAACACCUUUACUGGACUCAAUGUCGCGAAUAUCUCCGGAGGGGCCCUUUCUGCAAACACGUUGUUUUCCGGGGAUAAUUUCGCGUGCUUUGCUUUCCAGCUCUUGCAGCAGGGGAUUCCGGAUUUCCUGAAUCUCGCUGUGAAUGAUCUUGCCCCGAUCACGAAUUUGGUUAACAAGUAUGUUGGACCGAUUGUUGGGGGGUUGAGCUGUCCGGAAUUGGGGAAGUUCGAUGUCGGGCUUUUUGAUCAGUUUCCCGGGUACAAGUAUAGGCCUACCGGGCCUGCUACGAACUAUUAG